AUGGCCACCUGGAGGGACCGCGGGCAGCUGCUGCUGCCCCUGCUGCUGAGCAUGCUACUGCCCCCAGUCUCUGCACAGGCCCUCAGCUACCUGGACGCGGUGCGCCGGGCCGUGGACAGCCUCAACCAGCGCUCGGCUGAUGCCAAUCUCUUUCGCCUCCUCAGCCUAGAAUCUGAGCCCCCGGAGGAUGAGGACCCAGAGAGCCCAAAGCCUGUGAACUUCACCGUGAAGGAGACUGUGUGUCCCAAGAGGACACAACUGCAGCCGGAGCAGUGCGACUUCAAGGAGGAUGGGCGGGUGAAGCGGUGCUCAGGGACAGUCACACUGGACUCAGCCAGCGGAGCCUUUAACAUUCGCUGUACCGAGGUGCAGCGUUCCAGGAAAGAGGGCUUGGGCAAGCUCCUCCGAAAAGUAGUUCAGAAGUUAAAAGAGAAGUUUAAGAAAAUCAGCCAGAAGAUCAAGGAUUUUAUUUAUAACCUCAAACCUAGAUCGGAAUAGGAGAAAUAAA